AUGCAGCCCAUCAUUCUCUAUGGCCACCAUGCCGGCCCAAACCCUAAAAAGGUCGUCAUGGUUCUGGAAGAACUGAACAUCCCAUACGAGAUCAAACUUCUCGAGUUUCCUGAGAUGAAGCAACCCGCAUAUGAAAAGAUCAACCCUAAUGGGCGCGUUCCCGCAAUUGAGGACUUCAAUACUGGAGUGACUCUGUGGGAGUCCGGAGCCAUCAUCGAAUACUUAGUCGAAACGUACGAUCAGCAGCGGGUAAUCAGCUUCGAGCCUGGCACUGCUGAUUCCUACCACGCGAAACAAUGGCUCCAUUUCCAAGCAUCUGGUCAAGGCCCAUACUUUGGCCAAGCCGUCUGGUUCAAGAUUCACCACAAGGAGCAGGUCCAGACUGCUAUCGAUCGAUACAUCAACGAGAUCCGUCGGGUGUCGGGUGUGCUGAACGAAGUUCUCAAGGGACGAAGCCACCUGGUCGGUGAUAAAUGCAGCUACGCCGACUUGGUAUUUGUCUCUUGGUUUGAAGUGGUUCCGUGGGUUGCAGAAAGUGAGAUUGAUUUGGAGAAAGACUUCCCAAAUGUCUAUCGAUGGCUGAAGUCCCUGAAAUCUCGUCCAUCCGUCACCGUUGGUCUGGGUGCCAAGUCUGCGGCUCCUAAGAAGCUUUGA